CGCCUCCCGCGCCGAAGGGGAGGAUUUUUCCAUCCCGGCGCUUUCUGGGGCGUUUUGUGCUCGGCGGAGGGAGAGGGGGAAGAAUUUCGAUUUUUAAUUACUACCAUUAAAAAAAUCAAAUUUGCAAUUCUUUGGGUGGCCUGAUGGAUUCCCUGAUUGACAGCCGGAAUUGACACUCUGGGUACCUCUUAUCUCGGGCAUUUACGGCAAUUUCUAAUUGCAGGUAGUUUGUGGGGUUUUUUCAGCGCUUUGGCUCGCAUGGGAACCGAGCGAUUACUUCAAGAGGCCCGGGUUAAGUGCAGGCAGGGAGAGAAUUCAAUCCACAUUCAAAUUGCUUCAUUAAAGAGACGCAGCUUUUGUUGCAAAGGAUUUAAAUGGCCACUAGAAAGUUCUUAUUUAUUGUUUUGAGGCGGUUUAUAUAGGGUGCCCCGCGCUCGCCCGGCGCAUGGAGCCGCAGCCUCCCUCUCCCGCUCUCUCCCGCAAGGUGAUGCCGCCGGAGCCGCUGCCCAAGGGGAGCGCCCGCUGCCUCGACCCGCACGCCCGCGCCAUGUCGCAGCCCGACGGGGAGCCUCUGCCCGGCGCCCUGGAGAAGGAGGACGCCCGCUCGGCGCCCAGCACGCCGUCCACGCCGUCCGUCUGCUCGCCGCCGUCCUCCUCCUCCUCGUCCACGCCGUCGGCCGGCAAGAACGUGUGCUCCAGCUGCGGGCUGGAGAUCCUCGACCGGUACCUGCUCAAGGUGAACAACCUCAUCUGGCACGUCCGCUGCCUCGAGUGCUCCGUGUGCCGCACCUCACUGCGGCAGCAGCACAGCUGCUACAUCAAGAACAAGGAGAUCUUCUGCAAGAUGGACUACUUCAGCCGGUUUGGUACCAAGUGCGCCCGCUGCGGCAGGCAGAUCUACGCCAGCGACUGGGUGCGGCGGGCGCGGGGCAACGCCUACCACCUCGCCUGCUUCGCCUGCUUCUCCUGCAAGCGGCAGCUCUCCACCGGCGAGGAGUUCGGCUUGGUGGAGGAGAAGGUGCUGUGCCGGAUCCACUACGACACCAUGAUAGAGAACCUCAAGCGAGCGGCAGAAAAUGGCAACGGGAUCACGCUGGAGGGGGCCGUGCCCUCGGAGCAGGACAGCCAGCCGAAGCCGGCCAAGAGGGCCCGCACCUCCUUCACCGCCGAGCAGCUGCAGGUCAUGCAGGCACAGUUUGCUCAGGACAACAACCCCGACGCACAAACGCUUCAGAAACUCGCGGACAUGACGGGGCUGAGUCGGAGAGUCAUUCAGGUUUGGUUUCAAAACUGCAGAGCCCGCCAUAAAAAACACACGCCCCAGCACACGGUGCCACCCUCGGGGGCCCCCCCGUCCCGCAUCCCCUCCUCGCUCCCCGAGGACAUCCACUACUCGCCCUUCAGCAGCCCGGAGCGGGCCCGGAUGGUGACGCUGCACGGAUACAUAGAGAGUCAGGUACAGUGUGGACAAGUGCACUGUAGACUUCCCUACACUGCUCCACCAGUGCACCUCAAGGCAGACAUGGAAGGACCGCUAUCUAAUAGGGGUGAGAAGGUCAUCCUCUUUCAGUACUGACUGCGCGAGCUCUUCCUCAUCUGCCCACGGCGCUACCAGCACCACUGCCCCUCAGUCGCUGCAACAGCGUCCAGCCCGAGGCAACUGUUCUCAGUCAUGCAGGAGAAACUCAGAUCCAGCACUCUCAGUUGUUCCCAUUGAC